UGAUAACCUGCCAGAGGGGUUAGUUCACAUGAUUGUGCAGCAAAUUCAGUUUGAAGCAAAGCGUCUACAAGACAACAUCAUGAAACUGGUCGUAACUUUGCUAAUCUGUUUAGCAGCUGGGGCAUGUUCGGCCGAAUACAGUAAGCAGCGGGUAGAAGAAGUUCUAAAAGUAGCCAAACAAUGCAAGCUGGAGCUCUCGCUUCCCGAAGAGGACAAUGUGGUUGAACGUGCGUUAACCCGAAAUGAUAUGAGAUACAUGCUCUGUUUUUACUCCAAGUUCAACAUGCUCGAUGCAAACGAUAAUAUUGUCGUUGAUAAGGUGGUCGACUUUAUGGUGGAACAGUACGCUGAAAAGGUGAUUCGUCCGGUAGUUACCAGGUGUGCCAAACAGGGCGAUCCCUCCGUGUACGAACGUCUGUGGAAAUUCUACCAGUGCAUUAGUACCGAUAAGAGCUGGUAGUGAAAGAACUAAGGAUUUCAAUUUCAAGGAAUGUUGAUAUUUCAAAAAAAAAAAUGUGGAAAAUUUCUAACAAAUAAAACUGUCCUACAGUAUAUUUCAA